GCUCGCCUACGAGGGAGUGGACGAGGGGAAAGCUGACGGCUACUGUAACUCAGAGGAGCGUCGCUGAAAUCGUCUGAAUACAAUACACAAGUAACCUGCGCUUUUCUAUCCGUAUAAAUCUUGGACCUUCUGUCUGGUGCUUCUGUUUGAGUUUUUUGUGCAUUUCUCUGUGAAAUAAGAGUAGGCUAUUUCGAGAGCUGCCUUGCAAAUCAUUUCUCUUCCGUCUUUCUGGGACUUUGUAGUUCAUGUCUGAGGAUUCAACCCCAGAACGCAAUAAUGUAACGGAAUCAAAUACUUUUUCCCCCCGGGACAAAUAGGCCUAGCUACACAGUGUUGAUUGAAGCAACCGAUUGAGACAGUCAUACGCUCGUGUUCCAAGUGAGGAUCAGCUCAAAGCAUAUCCAAAACGCAUUACUGUUCUAAUGGAUUCCUGAAAAGGGGCGUACCAUAUGCAAGAACCAGACAUUGCGGGCAGAUCAUUCUACUACAUUCUGUACUGUAAAGUUGACUGGCUGCUGGAACUAGAAAUGUAUGUUAGAAUAGCACCAUUUCUUUGACCCGAUUAAAUAUUUGAAUGCGCAUGUUUUUAAAAGAAAACACUGUUUCCACAUGCUCUUUUUGGAAUAGGUUAUGUCAUUUGGAAAUACGAUUUGAUUACUUUGUAUUAUUUUUCUACCACGGCUGGAACAAGCGUUGCUAUGCAGAUCAUGCACUGUUGGCCAAUGUUAGCGAUACAUUUGAUCGUCUGACACCAUAUCUCAUUUUAGGGGAUAUCUUUUAGACUGUCUCAACCAACUAUUGGAAAUGUAUUUUGCGUAAACAGCUUUUUGGAUAUUACAAAACCAUGAUGGCAAACGAGAAUCCUUAUAACAGUCGCUUUAUUGUCGAAAAAUACAUCCAUCACAAACUGUUGAAAAUGGGAUUUGUAUGGACAUUUCAAGGAGAAAACGAUUCUCCAAAUAAUGGCUUUGGGGACCCCUCUACACCCAACUCCCCCUUAGUUUUUGCACGGAGGUCCCAGCCCACUGCCGCUGGAGAGGACACCGACUCUCCUUACCAAAACAGGAGUCCGCAACCUGACCCACAUGCCAGGCUCCACAGGGUCCUGCGCGAGGCGGGUGGCGAGAUUGAAAGAAUGUAUCAGCGGGACUUUGCAGAGAUGUCGGGGCAGUUGCAUUUUACACCCAGCACGGCACAGACAAGGUUUACCGCUGUAAUAGAUGAGCUCUUCAGCGACGGGGUAAACUGGGGUCGGAUUGUGGCUUUCUUUGAGUUUGGAGGGACAAUGUGCGUGGAGAGCGUCAACCGGGAGAUGACGUCCCAAGUAAACAACAUCGCUCGUUGGAUGACGGAGUACUUGAACGGACCCCUACAGAACUGGAUCCAGGAGAAUGGUGGCUGGGACGCCUUUGUGGAGAUCUAUGAGCAGCAGAGGAUCUCUCACUCCUGGCCGUACUUAAAGACAGUGUUUGGCCUGGCCGCCCUGGGAGCCGCCGGAGUCACCAUCGGAGCCUUGUUCACCCAGAAGUGAUCCAAAAGGCCCCAGAAGACCCCCCCCCCCUCGUCAAUCGCCUGCUACCAGAUGAAGGCUCCUUACCCAGUAGCC